CUCGUUCCCUGUUAUUUUUAUUACCACUCUGUAGGUGGGUAGUAAGAUACCAGUUAACCGAAGGCCGGUAAUCACGUGUAUUUACACACAUGUUUAUCGUUACACAACUUUAUUGUCAACAACUUAAAAAUAAUCUUGUUUGACUGGUGAAAAGAUAGACGAACAUGAUUAUCUUCGAUGCUGAUGAAAACAACUUGGCAAUAUGUGCCAUAAUAACUGUCGCGAUGCAGUUCAUAUUCUUUUUGGUUGCAUGCACGUGUAAAUUUGACAAAGUUACAGAUUUUGCUGGUGGAACAAAUUUUGUAGUGUUAGCGGUGUUUACGUUUUGCCUAGCAACGACAUGGAAUUGGCGCCAAAUUGUGCUGACGGCAUUUAUAGUAAUUUGGGGAUUACGACUGUCUGGUUAUCUACUAUACAGAAUUAUAAAAAUCGGAGAAGAUAAAAGAUUUGAUGACAAAAGAGAAAACUGUCUCGCUUUUGCCGGAUUUUGGACUUUCCAGGCGGUUUGGGUGUUCACAGUAAGUUUACCAGUUAUCUUUGUAAAUGCACCAGCUAGUGCUAAAAAGUUAAAUCCAGUUGAUAAUUGGACACCACAAGAUAUAGUUGGAGCUAUUUUCUUUAUUGUAGGAUUGUUAUGUGAAGCUUUUGCUGAUAUACAGAAGUUUAACUUUCGUAACAAUCCUAUCAAUAAAGGAAAAUGGUGCGAUAUUGGUUUGUGGAAAUUCAGCAGACAUCCUAACUAUUUUGGAGAAAUAGUAAUCUGGUGGGGAGUAUUUAUUAUCAGUACAAGUAUACUGACCUAUGGACAGUGGGCUGCCAUACUUAGUCCCCUUUUCACAAUGACCAUACUGUUAUUCCUUAGUGGAAUACCUCUUUUGGAAAAGAAGUCAGAUGAACGUUAUAGAAAGAAUGAGUUAUAUAUUGACUAUAAGAACAGAACAAGUGCUUUAGUUCCUCUACCUCAGUCAUGUUAUGGAGCGUGUCCUAAUUUUCUGAAAUGUCUCUGUUGUUUUGAGUUUCCGUUAUAUGACCACAUGAAUGAAGAAAAUGAGAAAAUUGAAAUCAAAUCUGAUAACGCAGAACCUGAUGCCAUUGAUAUCAGGACUUGAUAAUGGCCAAAAUGUCUUUUAUUGCGCCAGUAACUUACAUGGAAUCAGUGUUGAAACAUGCCCAAGAACACAUGUUCCUAUCGUCGAGAGCAUAUGCGAACAACGAUGAUUUAUUACCUACAUAUUUUUAUGAAAAUUUUGUUGCGCCAUUUUGAAGUUAACAGUUGUUAGAACAAGUUGAGAGUUAUAAUUAAAUGUUUGUAAAUUCGUUA